UGAGCCCGUCUGAUGAUUGGCAGUGUCCAGUGGAAAGCUCGCUCGAGAAUACAUACCUCACGGAGAGAGCGUCAGUGAACAGCAGAGACAAGGGAUAUACAUCUAAACUCUGGACCUGGCAGCGGGGAAGAAUUAACAAGAGAAAAUUGUGUUCUACCCAUGUGUGGAUCUGCAGUUACGAUCGCAACCUUUCCUCACCAGAGCGGGAAGCUGUGGAGGAGUUGUUGCCCGGCAUUCGCACCAGACGGUACAGCUUGCCACACAUCACCCUGGCUCCAGGCACCCGGAGACGACCAAGGCAUGCAACGAGUGAGCACCCAUCUCGAUGCAGCUUCACGGACCGCGUUCGGGCGAACGGAGACGCUAUCGCACAGCAUGAAAACGGUAAGACUCCGCUUGUCAUUGUAACCUGCACUACUUGCCACAUGUACAGUUUAGCUUCUUCCGUCAGCACAGAGGGGUUUACAUGUGUUAAAUGUAUUGAAGUAGUAAGGCUAACGGAGAAGGUUGCAGAACUAGAAGCGCACAUCCGAACGCUCGUUGAGGACGGUAAAACCGCUAAUGUUAAUGUUUCUAACACUGUUUCGGGUGCGCCUACGGUAACGCGUAGUACACAUAGCUCGGUUUCGGCAACUGAGUUAACACGGCCGACUAACUGGGUGACUAUCAGGCGGCGUAGUCAUAUUCGAUGCCCAUCGAAGUCCCCCCUAGUAAUUUCUAACAGAUUCGACAUCCUAAGCAAUACACCGGCUGAGACAUCUGUUAAAGGUGCCCUUGUUAUUGGAGACUCGAUACUAAAGAACGUGAACAUUGAGGCACCAGCCACAAUAGUUGACUGUAUACCGGGAGCCAGAUCGUCAGACAUUAGAUCCAAACUUAAAAUGCUGGCUAAUGCUAAGCGUAAGUUUUCAAAAAUUGUUAUUCAUGCCGGCGCAAAUGACACCAGACUCCGCCAGUCGGAGAUCACAAAAGAAACUAUUAAAGAGGUGUGUGAAAUUGCAAAAACAAUGUCAGAUAAUGUAAUAUGCUCUGGUCCCCUCCCCGCCUACCGGGGUGAUGAAACUUAUAGCAGAUUAGUGUCUCUUCACCACUGGAUGUCAAAAUGGUGCCCUCAGCAUAACGUAGUGUUUAUAGACAAUUGGAAGCACUUCAGGGGGAGACCUGACCUGCUAAAGAGAGAUGGCCUUCAUCCGUCAUCGGAAGGAAAUGCUAUACUCUCUAGAAAUCUGACCAAUACUCUUAAUUCUAAUACAGUCUGACUACCCAGGGCCCAGGUCAGGAAACAGAUAGAUCGGCCUACCCGUCCAUCUGUUAGCUGCUCUGACAUGUCAAGAUCACAUAUAUCGCAGAACUUAGAGUCUAUCUUACCAGAGUAUCAACACAUUUCAACUGUGUGCGUUCCUCGAACAAACGAAUACAGAGCACCAUUUACCUCGUCUCGUACAAAUCUUACUAACAUAAAAUUAGAAAACAAUACGUUUACAGAUGAACCUCGAAUGUUAAAAUUCGGCCUUCUUAACAUUAGAUCGCUUACCAAUAAGGAACCCAUUGUCAAUGAAAUAAUUACUGACCAAAACUUAGAUGCACUCUCUUUAACAGAAACCUGGCUUAAAGCAGACGAUUACAUUAGUUUAAACGAAUCCACCCCACAAGACUACUAUUACAAACAUGAACCACGAUUAAAGGGUAGAGGAGGUGGUGUAGCUACAAUAUACAACAACAUUUUUAAAGUUAACCAAAAAUCUGAACUAAAAUUUAAUUCAUUUGAAAUAAUGCUAUUAAAUAUGGAAAUAACUGAUAGUAACCAUAAACAGCUCUCUUUUGUCCUUGCUACAAUCUAUAGACCUCCGGGCCAUCAUGCAGAUUUUCUUAAAGAAAUAUCAAAUUUCCUGUCUGACCUCGUAGUCACUGUAGAUAAAGCUCUUAUCGUUGGUGACUUUAAUAUACACGUUGAUAACCCAACAGAUACAUUAGGAUUAGCGUUUAUAGAUAUUCUAAAUUCUCUCGAUAUUAGACAAAAUGUGACAGGGCCCACGCAUACCCGUAGGCACACAUUAGACUUAAUUCUGUCACUCGGGCUCAAUAUUAAUGAUAUCGAGAUAUCACCUCAGAGCGAUGCAGUUUCAGACCAUUGCCUUGUCUCAUACACGGUACUUCUAGAUAGGAUCACUCGAUCCACAAUAUGCUACCGACUAGCCAGAACAAUAAUUUCAACCACUAAAGAUAACUUUAUUAGCACUCUUCCAGACCUGUCCCAAAUGAAACAUGUAGCAGAUAAUCCUGAAGAUCUAGAUAUUGUAAUAGAAAACCUGAACAGUAUUUGUUCUAACACAUUUGAUGCCGUAGCUCCAAUUCGAAAAAAGAGAAUCAAAGAAAAAACGCCAGCUCCAUGGUACGACCAUCAUACCGCAUCCCUUAAAAAGGCUGCUAGAAAAAUGGAAAGAAACUAUAGAAGCACAAAGUUAGAGGUAUGGCGUGCAGCAUGGAAAGAGAGUGUUAAACACUACAGACAGGCUAUAAAAAUUGCCAGAUCUACGUAUCUCAGCAAUCUUAUUAAAGAAAAUCAUAAUAACCCUCGCUUCCUCUUUAGCACAGUUGCGAAACUGACUAGAAAUAAAGAACAAACAGAACCCACUAAUAAACUCCCACACAAUAGUAACGACUUCAUGAACUUCUUUACUAAGAAAAUUAUGAUUAUUAGGGAAAACAUUGUAGGUACCCAAGCAGCCACCACUCUACCCAUUAAUAUAUUUAACGCUAGCUUACCAUACGAACAUCUUGAGUCAUUUAAACCUACUACAAUAGAAGAGCUAUCUAAAUUAGUAGCGUCAUCCAAAUCAUCAUCCUGUAUAUUGGACCCUGUUCCCACAAAAUUACUCAAAGAGGUAUUCCCUAUAGUGUCUAACCCAGUACUAAAUGUAUUUAACUCAUUACUAGAAUUAGGCUACGUUCCAACAGCUUUCAAAUUAGCAGUUAUUAGACCGCUCAUUAAAAAACCAAACCUUGACCAGGGAGAUCUAAAUAACUUUAGACCAAUCUCAAAUCUCCCUUUUCUUUCCAAAAUAUUAGAAAAAGUAGUGGCAAGCCAGCUACGUACAUUCUUAGCAAAUAAUAGUACAUAUGAAAAGUUCCAAUCAGGAUUCAGGCCCCACCAUAGCACAGAGACAGCGCUGCUUAGAGUUACAAAUGACCUUCUCCUAACAUCCGAUCGUGGCGAAAUAUCACUCCUUAUAUUAUUAGACCUUAGUGCAGCCUUUGACACAAUAGAUCACACAAUCUUACUUAAUAGGCUAGAAAACUAUGUUGGCAUCAGUGGUCAAGCGCUAGCCUGGUUCAGAUCGUAUCUAACCAAUCGCUAUCACUUUGUUUAUGUAAAUGAGGAGGAGUCACAUCACUCCCUGGUUAAAUACGGCGUACCGCAGGGAUCAGUUUUAGGUCCUAUCCUGUUCUCGUUAUAUAUGUUACCUCUGGGAGAUAUCAUCAGGAAUCAUAACAUACAGUUUCACUGCUACGCAGAUGACACACAGCUUUACAUCUCCUCACAUCCUAGCGAAACAUACAAUUUUUCUAAGCUAUCAGACUGCAUCAGCGAUAUAAGUGACUGGAUGGCACAUAACUUUCUUAUGCUAAACUCCAAUAAGACAGAGAUACUUGUUAUCGAACCGAAUCGCUACAAAUAUAAUAUGACAGACUACAAGUUGCCCAUAGAUGGCUGCACUGUGGUGCCAACCUCCACGGUUAAGAAUUUAGGUGUGAUGUUCGACAGAAAUUUAUCCUUCGACAGCCAUAUCUCCAAUGUCUGCCGCACAGCAUUCUUCCACCUUAGAAAUAUCUCAAAAAUACGCCAUAUGUUGUCUGCAUCAGAUGCAGAGAAGCUUAUCCAUGCUUUUAUGACCUCUAGAAUAGAUUAUUGUAACUCGUUACUCGGAGGAUGCCAUGCAAAUCAGGUAAACAAGCUUCAGCUAGUUCAAAACGCUUCUGCGAGAGUUCUUACUCGAUCUAAGAACUAUGACCGCAUAAGCCCAAUUCUGGCAUCUUUACACUGGCUACCAGUUAAAUAUCGUAUACAAUUUAAAAUAUUACUAAUCACCUACAAAGCCUUAAAUGGCCUAGCACCCUCAUAUCUUAGAGAAUUAUUAUCAGAAUACAAUCCAUCACGUGCAUUGCGGUCACAAAAUUCUGGCCUCUUAAUAAUCCCUAAAAUAUCAAAAGUGUCUAAAGGUGGCAGAUCCUUUUCCUACUUAGCCCCUAAGCUAUGGAAUGAUUUACCAACCGACGUCCGAAAAUCAGAGACAGUAGAUAACUUUAAAUCUAGACUUAAAACUUUUCUCUUUAACAAGGCAUUCGCAUAGUUUGUUUUAGCAAUAGUACUUAUCUCCCAAUAGCUAGCUUGUACAACCUAAUAAAUUAAUGAAUAAAUUAAAACCUUUUUUUCGUCAACACUCCAAAGCAUGGUAAAUGUCAUUAAUACUCUUUAGUAAUAUGCUGAAACUUUGAAUUGGUUGUCGAUUGAGUCUUAAUUGCCAAAUAUGGUCGGUUUGCAAUUUUGGCCUUUUUCCCAUGGCCUUAAAAUAGUAUGUCAUACAGAACCGUUUGUCACUGUACGUUAGUAUUAACGACGGCAGUGGGGCCUCUGGCCUUAGUCAAACGAGUUCUGUUUCUGUUUCUAAAAUCAUCAACUAUAUGUAAUACACUUAUUUCCAAAUAGCUAGCUUGUACAACCUAAUAAAUAAAUAAAUUAAUUAAUGAAUAAACUAAAACCUUUUUUUCGUCAACAUUCCAAAACAUGGUAAAUGUCAUUAAUACUCUUUAGUAAUAUGCUGAAACUUUGCAUUGGUUGUCGAUUGAGUCUUAAUUGCCAAAUAUGGUCGGUUUGCAAUUUUUGGCCUUUUCCCCUGGCCUUAAAAUAGUAUACAGAACCGCUUGCCACUGUACGUUAGUAUUAACGACGGCAGUGGGGCCUCUGGCCUUAGUCAAACGAGCUCUGUUUCUAAAAUCAUCAACUAUAUGUAAUACACUUAACCAGCAAUAGUUAGCCUGCCCGGAACCAAGCUGACUAAAAUCCACAUUACUGUGUGACACUUGCUUUUUAUGUGAACGGCCCCUACGCUAAUAAGAUUUUGUUUCUCUCUCCCUGUCUCGUCCUCGAUCACGAGGACAAUAAGACAAACAGAUCCAGUUCCGGUAAAUGUGAAAGUCGGCACACCACUGAUCUACUGGCUGUUCUUCAACGUGAUGUCCAGCUGAUGCCUGACCAAAGACCACCGGCAGAACCCGCUUAAUCUCCGCUUAAUCUCCUUCCGUUUUAAUGUGUAUAUAUAUAUAUAUAUCUCCCAAGGGUUUUUUCCUCCUAGGACUUUUUUUUACUUCCCCGGAAAAAAUUCCGGGGUUUUUUUCUCCUAGGGGGUUUUUCAACCCGGGGAGGCAGCCUUUUUGGGCUUAACUUCUAUACGUUACAUUAGUAAUACGUUUGCUUAUAAUGUUGAUUUAUAGCCGCAGCAAAUUUAGCUGCUUGUGCUAUCGUGUAUUAUGUUAUGCUAUCUGUCGAUUUUCUGUGCUUUUCACUACAUCUAUUAUGUAAAGCUGCUUUGAUACAAUUACCAAAUUGUGAAAAGCGCUAUAUAAAUAAAAUUGAAUUGAAUUGAAUUGAAUAGAUAGUCUAUAUUCUAUUUUGAAUAAAAUAUAAGUUUAUGAGAUUUGUAAAUUAUUCCAUUCCUUUUUUACUCACAAUUUCUACAGUGUCCCACUGUAGUGUCCCAUUAUAUAUAUAUACUAUAUAUAAUUAUACUAAAUUAUAAUUAUUUUGAAAUAUGUUAAAAGUUUAAUUGUAAGCAAAUAUGUUGUAAGCAUACUUGCAAUAUAUUCAAAGAUGGUACAUUUCUUUCUAAGUAUAUUUGUAAUGUACUAUUGCAAAGUUAAAUAUACUUGAAAUACAAUAAAGUAUAUUUAUUGUUCACCAGGGCUAAUCAUAUGGCUUUUGCAGCUUUCUUGAUGUAGCUUUCGUUGUUGCAUUUUUUUUACUUUAUACUUUUAAGUAUAUGUCAGUAAACAAGUAAAGGCCAAAUAUACUUAGACAUUUCGGUCAGUAUAGGUCAAGUAUACUUUAGUACAAUUUAAGUAUAUUUCUGAGAAGUACCUAAAGUACAUUUUAGAGAAGUACAUAAAAAGUAAACUGAAAGUAUACUUUCUUAUUUUAAGUUUGAAAGAAGAAUACUUAUAGCACACUUCAACUUAUAGCACACUUCAACAAACUUUUGUAAACUUUUAAUAAAAAGUUUUAAUAAAAAGUUAAAACUCA